CACCACAACUCAGCGCCCCCAAAGCGAAAGCGCAGAGCAUCUCCUCCAGCAGUCAACAGAGAAAUUCAUCCAAUAGCAAACGAUUGCGACUACAUAUUCGGGACCUGGAAGGCUCAAGCCGGCAAGGCAAGAGCGCACAGGGGACAAAACCAACUGCUUAGCCACAGCGUUGACAAGAUGCGAACCGAAAUUCCAAUCAUCAGGAGUCCUCCAGAUCGGGCUCUCUGGCCAAAAGCAACGUAUUCUCCUCACUCUCCGUUCAUUCCAAUACGGCAAUCUCCGGAUCUAUCUUGUCUACCGACUCAAACCUGCAUCUCACCGUCUCCUCCGCUAUGUUUUCUUUGCUCCGGAUAUUUAGGAGACAAACAUAGCUAUACCAUCUGUAGCACAUGUAAAGCCAAUUACACAGCGCCAUCGCAUUGUUUGAGCGAGGAAGAUGAGUAUGACGAGUUCCUUCCCGUCAGUCCCUCUCCACAAGACGGAAACUCAGAUUCGCCAGUUUUGCUGGUAGAUAAGUGUAUUACCGAAUGGAAGAAAACCUGUCUGACAAAUAGUGCCGAUAACUGUGCUGCAUACGCAUUGUCAAGUCCGAGAUCAGUGUGCUCUGAUGAUGAAUCAGACGGCUGUGCUACACCUGCGCUGUCAUGUUCAAGCUCGGUGUAUUCUCAAGAUGAAUCCGACCUAUAUGAAUAUCAUGAAUAUCUCAUUGGAACUGAAACUUCCCGUGUAGUAUCAUGUAUAUUAACAGACAGUGCAAAUAGUUGCACUACACCUGAGUUGUCAAGUCCGAGUUCGGUAUAUUCUCAAGAUGGAUAUGACGAAGAGAAGCCUGAAAUAGAUACGAGGGGCUAUUAUGAACUACCUUGGGUGGCUGAGUAUUUCGAUGAACAUCAACAUUCGAUACACAAAGAACUAGAAGACAAUGUAGAAGACGACUGCAGUAUAGAGAUAAAUAUUCUUUACAAAUAG